AAUCCUAGCAAAAUUUCCCUUUAAGGAUGUCCUGCAGAGAAUUUGUUACUCGUAGUUUGAAGUAAAAAUUGACAAGAAGUGCUUUUUCAGCUCUGGAGGAGUCAUGUGCAUGUCAUAAGACUUGAAGGAAAUGCAGGGACCCUCCUAUUUUCUCCUGCAAAGUUGAAAAAUCUGCAUGCCGUUGGAAGGGAUCUUCAGAUGCUGCUGGUGACUUUCUGUUCCUUUUGGAGUUGACAUGUAUAUGGAUUGGAGGAAAAAUAAUCAGCAUACAUUCUCCUUUCAUACUGUUUAAAUCACAGGAAGAAGUGCCUUGAAGACAAAGAUCAAACCGAAAUGACAACUGCUCAAUUUUACUGUCAAUAUUGCACAGCAUCACUUCUUGGGAAGAAAUAUGUGCUAAAAGAUGACAGUCCAUACUGUGUUUUAUGUUAUGAUCGUAUAUUUUCUAACUACUGUGAGGCAUGCAAAAAACCAAUUGAAUCCGAUUCUAAGGAUCUUUGUUACAAAGACCGGCACUGGCAUGAAGGAUGCUUCAAGUGCACCAAAUGCAAUCACUCUUUGGUGGAAAAGCCUUUUGCUGCCAAGGAUGAGCGCCUGCUGUGCACGGAGUGCUAUUCUAAUGAGUGCUCCUCCAAGUGCUUCCACUGCAAGAGGACCAUCAUGCCUGGUUCCCGCAAAAUGGAAUUUAAGGGAAACUACUGGCAUGAAACCUGCUUUGUGUGUGACAAUUGCCAACAACCUAUAGGAACAAAGCCUUUGAUCUCCAAAGAGAGUGGCAAUUAUUGUGUGCCGUGUUUUGAGAAGGAGUUUGCUCACUACUGCAACUUUUGUAAGAAGGUGAUAACUUCAGGUGGGAUAACAUUUUGUGACCAGCUAUGGCAUAAAGAGUGUUUUCUGUGUAGUGGCUGUAGGAAAGAUCUCUGUGAAGAACAGUUUAUGUCCAGAGACGACUAUCCAUUCUGUGUGGACUGCUACAACCAUCUUUAUGCUAACAAGUGUGUAGCCUGUUCCAAACCCAUUACUGGUCUCACAGGUGCCAAGUUUAUCUGCUUUCAAGACAGCCAGUGGCAUAGUGAAUGUUUUAACUGUGGGAAGUGCUCUGUCUCUUUGGUGGGUAAAGGCUUCCUGACCCAGAACAAGGAAAUCUUCUGCCCAAAAUGUGGCUCUGGGAUGGACACUGACAUCUAGGGGAGUCCUUUCCCACCAAAAAUCCACUUUGUCUUUGUUGUCACUAAAGCCAGAAUUCAGUUGCAGUCUUAUUUUUGACUUAAGUUUUAGAAAAUAUUAAUGUAGUUUAGAGUGGAAGAGUUUUUGCACACAUUUUAAUCGAACUACAUUCUAAGGGCACAAAAAAACACAGUAGAACAGAAAUGAAUAUAUGCUAAAUCACAAAGACACCUCUCCUUGCAAAAUACUGCACUCUGCUGUUAGAAAUAUAGGAAAAUAUCUCUUUAUAAUCACACAUACAACCUAUACCUAGGAACUGUGGAUAUAAUUACUAAGAAUGAGGUUUUUCAUACCUGAAGAGUAAAAGAAAAACUAAGAGGUCAAGGUGAGAGGUAUACAUGAGACUAGUGUUUGCAUUCCCGGUUAUAUGUAAUGUGAUAAAUUAGCUAUGAAUGGUAAAAGAAAAUUGAUCAGAGCAAAUUGAUUAGCAAAUAUCACAUUUAAGAAUUAUUAUUUAAAAAUCAUUCUUUUAUUGUUCACACAUACUGACUUUAGAAUUAAAAAACAAAAGCUACAAUUUGCCCUCAUACACACUGCUUCCACAGCUUGCUAGUUCCGUGUCAAUGCAAUAUGAGAAUUGACGACAUUAUGGCUCUCCUACUCUGCAUAGGUAUAAAGGGGACCAUUUCUACCUAGGGAUAGCCAAAGCUUGGGUUUCAACACAUUUUGUAUUAAAUGUGUUUUCAAAGUCCACAACGAUUUUUCUAAACGCUUACAGAUUCCAUGAAAUAAAAGUCUAUUCUUUCAA